AUGCAAUCUCGGCAGCUGUUCGUGGCCACUCCUCUACUUCAGGGCGAGCACCUCAAGCCCUGCACCGUCAGCGGCAGAAGGGAAGGACUGUGGGGUGCUAACCGCGUCUUCCUGGAGACAAACAUGCAGAGGGCACCACGUCUGCAUGAUGGCGUCACCCAGCACCUCCAGUUUGUCGAUACCUGCUUCACCUGCACCAUUGUCCCCAAGGGGCUGGUGGACAUCCACACGCAGAAUCACAGCAUCUCCUACACUGGGUGCCUCAUUCAGAUGUACUUCUUCAUGGUGUGGGCCCUGCUGGAUGACUUCCUGCUGGCCGUGAUGGCUUACGACCGCUACGUGGCCAUCUGCCUUCCUCUCCACUACACCACGGUCAUGGGUCCCCGUCGCUGCCUGCUGCUGGUGGCCGCAUCCUGGCUCUGCUCCAACAUGCUGGCCUCUUCACUCACACUCCUGAUGGCUCACAUCUCCUUCUGCGCCUCUCACUCCAUCCCACACUUCUUCUGUGACGUUCUCCCACUCCUUAAGCUUGCCUGUUCGGACACCCAGACCUUUCACAUCAUCAUGUUCUCUGAAGCUGCCCUCUCAGGCGUGGUCCCUCUCACCUGUGUCCUGCUCUCCUAUGCCCACAUCAUGCACACAGUCCUCAGGAUCCCCUCUGCUGGAGGGAAGCACAAAGUCUUCUCCACCUGCAGCUCCCACCUGACGGUGGUCACUCUCUUCUACGGAACAGUCUUCCUGGUGUAUUUCCAACCCUCGUCCUCCUACUCAGCAGGCACUGGAAUGGUGGCAUCCGUGGUGUACACAGUGGUCACCCCCAUGUUGAAUCCCUUUAUCUACAGCCUGAGGAACAAGGAUAUGAAGCAGGCUCUGUUGAGACUCCUGGAAUGGAGAUGA